AUGUCUCGCUCGCAGUCAGACAACCCACACUCCAAUGUGUACCACCUCCCAGAGGGCGCAAUCAAGCGCCUACGAUCUGACAAUGAUGAUGCAGCUCUUGCUUUUGCAGAGUCUCGUUUCGGAGAGCUGCCGCCUUCUCGCUUCCCGACUAAAGAGAAGCUUCAAAAGUCUUGCUUCGAUGUAGUGCUCGGUAGACUCGAGGUUGGUGGGAUCACUGAUCCUCAUCUCAUCCCGAAGAACUUCCCAUGGGCAGUGCCUAGACUGAUGUCAGACGAGGCUUCUUGGCGACAGUUACUCAAGAAGCCGCACACCAUCAAUGCCAAUCGCCUGCGUCUUCUGAUACAACUCGAGCAGGUAAACUCUUUCACACGUAUCGAGCCGAACACUGUGUACUUCUACAUCAGGUCUUUCACCCUCACACCUGAUGAGGUCCUCUUCGUGCUUGGCAAGCUCGUUGAAGAGAGCUAUGACAUGAACGACAAGAUAUAUCUGUGGAUGGAGACAGCGGAAAAGGCGAGAAAAGCCGGUACAAGCAUUACCGACACUUGGACUUUCCGCUACUGCGGGAUGACAGAAGGCUCUCCCCUCAAUCGUCAUAACAACGACGUCAAGAACGCGGGAACUAAACCAACAUGGUUCUCCAAGUUUUUAAAAGUCGUGAAGGAUGAGUUGCCCAACGUCCUCCAGAACGCCGUGGUCGACAUCGUGAGCAGGGCAUCUGCUACAAUCGUUCUGUCGGGCGAACUUCGUGAUCUUCGGGAGAAGGUCUUGAUUGCGCUUUUCGGCUUCGCUGUUGUCAAUAUGCAGCUUGGAGGUGCCAGGGCGAUCCUGUCACGCAACGUCGACGACGAGAAGACGUUCCUGAGUUUGAAGACGAACACUCGCAAUCGACUGCUCAAACUCCUGGAGGAUUGUCCAGACGAUAUGACGAACGGCAUCCUGUCAUAUGGUCGGUCAGUCAAGGCUUAUGUAGACGCCAAUCCAGACUCUACCGGUGUGACGGAGAACCGUCCCUAUACCGAGCGUCACCUUGAGUGUGUCACUGAACAAGCGAUACCAAGGGUGACACCUAGCGGCUAUUCACUCAUUCUGACGGUUGCCUCAGACAUCGGCAGCGACUAUCAUCCACCCAGCUGGUUCUACAGAAGUGGGCGACGAUCGGCUGAGAUCGUGACUGACUGCUUGGACACCAUUAUCAAUUGGGAGAAGAGCCUCGACGAAACAGCUCUUGAGGAACCGACCAAAGCUCUCGCAUCCGGCGGGUACUUACCUUUCGCCGAUGUCUUCGCCUGGUUCUCAAAGAACAAAACUGACUUCCCAUUCGCUGGAAAGCACAUUCUCGCUCUCACUCAAACGACUGAACCACUCAUCCUGGUCAUGUACGGACAAUUACCAUCUUAUCUGGCCCUGAACUCCUUCGGCGAGUUGUCGUCCAAGUGGUAUUACGAUACACAGCAUCGGGAGAACAGCGAAGGUGGUACUGAUUACUUCAUCCGUAUCCUCGGGAGACCUAAGAUCCGUACUCUGGGUAAAGACGGUCCUGUCGUCGUCGUCUUUCCCUGCCAUCACCCUGGCUACCUUUCCCGAGCUGGUCUUCCAGCCGCCAAGGCUACGAAGUUGUUCUUCAUGGUGCAUCAGAUCAUCUGGUUCGCCAUGGAUGUGGUACUGGGCGUCCUGGAAAAGACCAGAAAGUCCAAACCGUGGACUCGCGAACAGUUCUGUGACGAGAUCGUUAACCGCGUUGAAGCCAUUUUGGAUCCAGCCCACGACUUCGGUAAAGCUUUUGCUGUUGCUCAGAAGGAAUGCGUGGAAGUCACUCAAGCGUUCUCACAAGCAAAGCUUGCAGCCACCCUAGCCAAGUCACAGGAUCGAUCUGAGAAGACUAGAAAGGCAGGCUACGUCAACACGAAACCUGAGGGCUGGAAGCACCAGCGCAACCGAAAGUCCCAGUUCACUCAGCCUCCAAUUUCCAGUGGAAGUGCUAUUGGUGGUUAUGCUCUGAAGAUCCAAAAGAUCAAUCUCGACACCUCUCGAGCGCCAGCCAACGACCGAGAACGCCACAUCCUGAAGUGGACUGAGCCAGCAACGGAAGAAACUCCAGAGAGGACCUUCGCCUUUGGUCCUGUGGUGCUUCCCAACGGUAUCGUCGGCCCUACUGUUGGGCAGAAGUUCUUGUGGUAUACUGACGAGGGCAUCGACCUCAGAGACAGCUCAGGAAAAUCUUUGGGUGAGAGGAAGGCUCUCGCUGCCGGUAAGGUCAAGUCAUGCACUUUUCCCAUCUCGACACUCCUCUUGUACUCUGACAUCGAUGCCAAAGAAGACAAGCAGUUCUUUGAGAAUUGGGAGAGUACCACCAACAUUGACAUCGACGAGCUCAUGCUGAGCGUAGUGUCAGCCGGCGUGACCAAUCCUGACACCUCUGAGGGCUACAUCACCAAAGAAUGGUUCGCCAAGUCCAAGUCAAAGCACGCCUUGCCUGUCCCUGCUAUGCAGUCCUUGCAUAAGGCGACUCGGGACAAGUACAUGGCCAUGAUAAAGACCCCCGCGAACCCUGGAGAUCUCCUCUGGUUGUUCAACGAGAUGUUUCGUGACUACUACCAGAAGGGUGAUCAGGUGCCUCGUAGAACCCAAGAACGAUCAGGCUACAGGUUCAUCCUUUGCAGUGCUUCGGAGCGUGCAGAUUCGGUCUAUCGCAUGAUUGCUCAGACUUGCACGAUGCUCAAGUACAGGAAUCACCCUCACUGGCGCACUUUCUUGGCUCUUGCAAACAUGUCAGAGGCUGGACUUGCAGAGAGAAGCAUUGCAUCAAAUCUGGUCGUUCUAGCACUCGCAAAGUUGGUAGCCAAUGCUAAGAAGGAGAACGUGUCUGUCAAUCUCAAAGUCGGCGGCACGAUGAAAGCAACUGGCUUUUGGGGAUAUGUGAUCAAGCAGCUUCAGGACUUCGAUAGCAAUGCCGUCUCGGAAGUCGAGGCGUAUGAGCUUCAGUGCGAAGUCCAAAUUGAGGAAGAUUCUGAAGUUGAUGCGCUUACCGAGGUGUCAGAUGAGGAGGGUGAGGGAGAGGAUGGUGAGGGAGAGGAUGGUGAGGCAGGCGAGUUUGACGUGAUUGGCAGUUAG